CACUCAUUCAUAAAUGGGUGUAAAUCCAUUAUCGCAACGACGAGUGGGCGUAAUACUCAUAGUCAAAUUUACGAUCUUCUUCCUCAUCGCAUUUCAAUAUGUUUGGCCCAGUGAUGAGCCCGUGGCAGCUGUUGUGUAAUUUUUCUUUUUUGCUUUUGUGCAUUCAUAUGUGCGCAGUCAGAGGCGAAAAAGCAGAGACGAUUCUCAGGAGAAGAUUAUUUGAGAGCUACAACAAGGAAGAUGUUCCCAGGAAAAUGAGCAAUGACAGCGUUGAAAUUUUGAUGCAUUUUGAUUUUAAGAGAAUCGAACCACAUCCAAAUUUCAUGAUUUCCGUAACAGGAUCUGUCUUUUGCGUAUGGCGGGACCAUUCACUCAGAUAUCGCGAACUAAAUGCAGAGAACCUCACAUCUCUUCCAGUUACUGCAGAUGAAAUAUGGGUGCCUGACAUUUCAGUUUUUAGUGUUGAAGCGACGCGCAAACUGCUGAAUCCAUCGGCGAAAUGUGACGUGUCUGAUAACGGGCGGGUGACCUGCGUUUGUCCAUUCGUCAUUGGCAUCUACUGCAAAAUGAAUUUCAACGAAUGGCCACACGACACCCAAGUGUGCUCAGUGGAUUUCUACACGAGGCACAACUCCCAGCUGAAAAUUACACUGCUCAAGAACUCAGUUGAAAAUGUCAGACGCAAUCCACGAUGGCGGUUCGAUAAUAUCUCAACCACCUCCCCGGUUAGAGAUGAAAAUUCUGAUUGGAUGAACAUGGGCUACCAGAUUGUUAUGAAACGGAAGGACAUGGCGCAUUAUCAACGGUUUAUUACUCCAGCAAUGACAAUUGCAGCUAUGGCGCUUUCCGUCUUCUGGAUGCCACGCGAUCACUGCAUUGUGCGAAUUUUCGUAUCAUCAGUCGUAUUCUUGCUGAAUUUACAAUUUCUGCUGGAUGUUGGGAAUGAAUUGAAAGGAUGGUCUGGUGACUCAGUACCAAAAAUAGUUCGAUUCUACCGAGAUGGCCUGUAUUUGAAUUUCACCUCUGUAUUGGUUUCAUCAAUUAUCUGCCAAGUGAGCAGUUCAAAAUCAGAUCUUCCACCGUACUUGACUCGUUUCUCGUCCUUCGUGGGCUCAAAUUCUACGAGCCGAACUUUGCUCGGGGUGCCUCCAAAAGCGGGCCCUUGGCAUUCCAUUGCUGCAUUGUUGGACCGGGUUUCUUUAUUGAUUGCCACCUACGUCUACUUUUGGGUCAUGGCAGAUUUGAUCCCAUCUUAAAUUAAAUUACGAAAAUAUGCGAUGCUUUAUUUAUGUAAGCUGGAAGUGUUUCAAUAAAUAAUUUUGGCUGAUCUCGAAAAAGGAAACUCUGUGACGUGCCAGAAAAGGGAAACACGAUUUGCGGAAGGGUGUAGAUAAAAAAGAAAGCGUUGAAAACUUCCUCCCGAUCAGUAUGCGCUGCAAUAUCGUGUGCGGAUUUUACACUUGAGCGGAGAGACAGAUAAACUUGCUCCACGAGAAAAAUAAAUAUCCGCGAGCUGAGAGGAAAUAUUUAUUCCAUCAAUUUGUAUUGAAAUGAGCUGACUAAGGGAUUUUUCAUGCAAAAUGCAUUUCGCGAGCGUUGAUAAGUCUGUCGUUAGGCGAGAAAGAUAUGCCCCUGCGAGCGUUGGGUGCCGAGCGGAAGAGCAUUUGCAUAAUAUCAUCACAAAUUCCGUCUCCUUCUUAUUCAAUCAGCCUGCGCGCCGGAUUCAAACGGCAUCAAGUGCUGCUCCUCUUGUUAGCAAUUCAUGGAUUGAAUUAGCCGCUGCUCGAGUUGUGCCCGGAAAUUGUCCUUCUUUUC